GGGACCUUCUACAUGAUAGGAUGGGAUAAGACCAAAACAUUUUGGAAAGUAUUAAAGAUUGAUCGAUUGGAAGCUUCAGAGCUAAUCACUCAUGAAGAUCCUACCACAUUCAGAAUCUGAAAGCAUAGACCUCCUAAAUAGAAUACAUGAGAGAAACAAGUCUACUGGAGGGCUUAAAUUCGUUUCCCGCUGCUAUGGGAUUAUUGGUUUUAUAAAGUUUUCGGGACCUUAUUACAUUUUGGUCAUUACGGAAAGAAGGAAAAUUGGAAAGAUAUGCUGUCAUCCUAUUUACGCUAUCACUAAGAACGAGAUGCUCCCAGUUCAAAAUUCUACUGUGCUUUCCGAUAUGGCUUAUUCUAUGGAUGAAAACAGGAGAAUUUCUGAGCUGAGAAAGCUGGAGUGUCCAAAGGUUUUAGAGGAUGUUAUGUACAUCUUAAUAGUGUUCUCUGAAAUAGGAGUGCAUUUGGUUCUUAAGCUCUCGAAUUGCAUGUACAAUGGAAGGCUCGAGAUAUGGCCCCGUAAGGACUGGGAACUCGAGUCUAUACAUAAAGUUGAAGUACUCUAAAUGGUUAAGCAAAAAGGACGGGAAGACAAGUUGAACGUGAAAGAUGAAUGGGCCCUCACUCAAGUCCAAAAUCUCCAAAUACGUCAUGUCUAUGCUGCUUUGAUUCUUUAUGGAUACUUCUUGAAGUCGGCCUCGUUGAGGCACCAUUUGAAACAGAAUCUGGGUAUGUGUUCAUAUCUGCAAAUUUGAGUAUGUCUUGGUGUAUGAAAUUGCUACAGUAUGUUACAUUGUCUUAUUGUUACUAUACAACAAGAUUAUAAUAACUACAAUAGCAGUAGUUAUAUAAAAUGAUAUUUUUCAUCGGCCAUCAUGUGUCCAUUUCAGACUGUUUGUCUAAUUUUAAUUUGGCACAUAAUUUAAAAGAGUAAAUAACUCUUUUAAAUCUUGUGGUCUUAAAAAUAUGUGUAGAACAAAAAUGCACCAUAUGUUAUAAGCAGGAUGCUACUGGGCGAGUUUGGUUGAAUGGCGAGUUUGCUUGUUGUAACCUGCUAAUACCCACAUAAUCCAUGAGUAACCGAUAAGUAGUCUUUCACUAGAAGCCAUGAAGAUCAAUUCAAAGCUACACACAUCCAAAGCUUUGUCAUUUAUCAAGAAUUGUUUUAGCAAUUAAUUUAUUAGAGUGAAAGAUCACACCACAUAUUAUUCUUACCUAAGCUAUCAGGGCCUUCGGUUCUUCCCGACUCCUUGCACUUUACCAAGUCUUAUGUUUCUCCAUCUUCAUUGUAUUUGUAGAAAUAUUCUGCUCUUGAUGGUAUUCUUCAGAAGAUUGUACACUGUCAUAGUUCUUACAACACCCUCUCCAUUUUAUUAUCAAGUAGGACCCUACUGCAACCCUGGGAUUAUUGUUGGGAAGCUUGAUUAAGUUUAAUAUUGAUGUUGGCCUGUAAAAGUUUGGUAGUUGACGAAAUUUAAACACCAUAUGUUUUUGUCUUAUCUUUUGACUGGACAGACUUGAUUGUUACCCUUGGGUGCUCACUGAAUUAUUUGUUUCUGAUGCUCCUAUUGCGUAACUUUUAAUGGCACUCUGGUGCUAUUCAGGAUCUCUGAGAUACUGGAAAGAGUGCAACAAAGUGGAUCUAUUGAUAUCAAAAUUAACAGUUUGGGAUGAUGAUGUUGUUUCUAGAGAUCUUUAUUGUGCUUUUUUUUUUGGGUUAAGGAUUUACCUUUCGUUAAAUCUCUGUCUGGCAUAUGGAAAUUCUGGCUGGCUCUUGGACCUUGCAACGUUCCAUUGAAUUUGUAUGAUAGCUCAUUUCAAGAUUCUUCAUGGGAAACAAUAUCAGGAAAACUGCGGGUGAUCAAAUUUUAGUGUUGGCCACCACAAGUAAAGUCAAUCUAGAUUGAAGCGAACGAUGAACUUUUUGAGCUAUAUUCUGAUAUAUGUUUAAACAUAUUUUGUUUUGUGUGGAACUUAGUACAAAUCUUUAAAAUGUUUUCUAAUUAGUAUGUGUAGUAAAAGACAUGUUUUUUUGAAGUUCAUUGCAAAUCUAUGUAUUUGAAUCAUUUAUUAGCUAA